UACACUCAGGGAAAGAAGAGCAAGCGCCAUGUUGAAGCCAUCACUGCCACUCAGAUUCCUCUUACUCCUGCAGCUGUCUCUGCUGGGGGUGGGGCUGAGCUCCAUGGUCAUCACACCCAGUGGGAAUGAAGACACCACAGCUGAUUUCUUUUUGACUUCUAUGAUCCCUGGGUCUCUCAGUGUUUCCACCCUACCUCUCCCAGAGGUUCAAUGCUUUGUGUUCAAUGUCGAGUACAUGAAUUGCACUUGGAACAGUACAUCUGAGCCCCAGCCUACCAACCUGACUUUGCACUAUUGGUACAAGAACUCUGAUUAUGGUAAAUCCCAGGAGUGUGGCCACUAUCUGUUCUCAGAAGACAUCACUUCCGGCUGCUGGUUGCCCAAAGAGGAAAUCCAUAUCUAUCAAGCAUUUUUUGUUCAGCUCCAAGACCCCAGGAUACCCGGGAGACAGGUCACACAGAGGCUAACACUGCAGAAUCUGGUGAUCCCCUGGGCUCCAGAGAAUCUAACACUUCGCAACCUCAGUGAUUCCCAGCUAGAACUGAGCUGGGACAACAGCUACUUGGACCACUGUCUGCAACACUUGGUGCAGUAUCGGAGUGACCGGGAUCACAGCUGGACUAAACAAAUGGUGGAUCACAGACGUAGUUUCUCCCUGCCUAGUGUGGAUGGGCAGAAACUGUACACAUUCCGGGUUCGGAGCCGUUUUAACCCACUCUGUGGAAGUGCUGAGCUUUGGAGUGAAUGGAGCCACCCAAUUCACUGGGGAAGCAGUGUUUCAAAGGAGAAUCCUUUGUGGUUUGCAUUGAAAGCUAUGCUUAUCCCCCUUGGCUCCAUGGGAUUGAUCAUUUGCCUCUUCUUUGUGUAUUUUUGGCUGGAACGGACAAUGCCUCGAAUUCCCACCCUCAAGAACCUAGAGGAUCUAGUGACUGAGUAUCACGGGAACUUUUCGGCCUGGAGUGGUGUGUCUAAAGGACUGGCCGAGAGUCUGCAGCCAGAUUACAGUGAACGGUUCUGCCACGUCAGUGAGAUUCCUCCAAAAGGAGGAGCCUUAGGGGAGGAGCCUGGGGGCUCCCCCUGCAGCCAGCAUAGCCCUUACUGGGCCCCUCCAUGUUAUACCCUGAAGCCUAAAACCUGAGCCUCAAUCCCCUCAUGGAACCUCAGGGUCUUAUAACCCUAAAUGGUACUAACUUCCCCUCACCUACCCUGUCAAUCUAGGUCUAGUACUCAUUACCACUCUCUAUGGCUAAUUUUGAAUUUUUUUUUUUGUUUUGGUACUGGGGAUUGAACCCAGAGCCUCCCAUUUGAGCUAUACCCCAACCCUAAUUUUAAAUUUAUGCCCCCUGUAACUAUGCCUUAAUUCAAUAUCACCCUACUUGAGAACUGUCCCUUUGCCCUGUACAAACUUCUCAUCUCCCCCAAUCUGGCCCUUCCUUUUUACAGGAAUUUUUGUCCCUCCAUCUCUCUGUCCCUCUCUUCCUCUUUCUACCUACCCUUCAAUUGUUCCUGAAUCAAUGAGAAAUAAAG